UCUGAGUGUUUUCAAAUAUACCUCCUCGUUCGUUCGUACCUAGCGAAUAGCACAUACUCAGAGAGAAUAACUAAACAUGGACGACGACGUUAGUUGUUUGAUCCAGAGGGCUUGCGAGUUAGCCAGAGACCUUGAAUCGAACCUGCCCAGCCAAUCUGCUGAUUCAGUGUUGAGCUGCGUUGAUGAGAUUGUGGAGAAACUUAAUGCUGCCAAAGCGAGGCUGUUGGUGCCGCCUCAUCGUGAAGAUGAAGCUGCAGUGAAGCAAGAAAUGAUACGGCAUCAUCAUCCUCAAAUGGCGCCAGCAACUUCUUCGUUUUUACAAGAAUGGCUAUCUGUGAGCCGUCAGUUUGUCUCAAUGCCGCAGCUUCAAGCUCCGACGAGGACGCCGGCGCCGCCGAGGGGUGCCCUGCAGAUCAUGACUGACUCGGGUCCGAGAGAUGUAGAAGCUUCUGCAGAAGGUGAUGUCGAAGCAUCUCCUUCUCGACGCCGAAAAAGUAGCAGGAAGGAUGAUGCAGAGAAGACAACAAUGAUGGUUCCAGCAGUUCAGUUUGGGAACACAGAUGUGCCUCCAGAGGAUGGCUUCACUUGGAGAAAAUAUGGCCAAAAAGAGAUCCUAGGCUCUAAUUACCCCAGGAGUUACUUCAGGUGCACGCACCAGAAAUUAUAUCAAUGCCCAGCGAAGAAACAAGUGCAGCGUCUGGAUAAUAACCCUAAUAUGUUUGCAGUAACAUAUAGAGGUAGCCACACGUGCCACAUGUCAUCCACAGCUCCAUCUUCAUCAGUUCCCCCACAACUUAUGAUCACACAGUCACAUGACAUCACCCACACUAAUAAUCCCGGCAGUACUAUUGCUUCUUCCCAGUUGUCUCCUUCUUCUACUUCCGUUUCUGGUUGGUUGUCUUCCGUCCACCUCGGCCUCCUUCCGAGUGGUUCAGGCGUGGUUCCAGCCGGUACGGCAGCCGGUGGCAGCGCCGGCCCCUCCUCGUCGAGAUUCGGUGCUGAUUACCCGGUGGCUGAUAUGGCUGACGUCAUGUUUAACUCAGGUUCUAGCAGUGGUAACAGCAUGGAGUCUCUCUUCCCUUCAGCUGAAGAGAAAUGGGAAGCAGGCGACAAGAAAAGCUAAGGAGCUUUCAUUGAUUUUGCAGAGGAAAGGCAAAAAUUUUGCUGAUUGAAUAUCUUAUGAAGGGCUGCCAAGAAUUGCUUCCAAUUAAAUUGGGAGAUUUUGCAACUUAAUUAUGCCUUCAACUUCAGAAGUUGAUCAUAUAUUUCUCACAGACUAUUUAGUCUGUUCAAUUAUAUUCCCUUCAUUUAAUUUUCUUUCAGUUCAAAUUCCUAAUAUCAUUAGUUCAUAUAUAGAAGCUGAAACUUAAAUGAUCUAAAUGUGAAAAGAAAAUAAAAACCUGAUCUAUUGUCUCAAGCGACAAAUAAUAAGGAUCUUUUUGUAACUUGUGACGAUAGACCGGAUUUUUAUUUUGAAAAAACUCAUUCAGCUUCUUUGGUUGCAUACAUAUGAACAAGGGUAUUAGGGUUUAAGAUAGGAGGAAAAUCAGAAAGAGGGAUUAGUAAUUGAAAAUCUGAGAUUUAUAUAUAAUCAACUUUUUAAGUUAAUAAUGAGAGAUACAUUUUAAUUACACAGCUAGGUUAAUGAUUUGUUUACAUUUUGGCUUUUAAUCAAUUCUCAAACACACGCCCAUAGUAGCUAUUAGCUUGAAUCUGCAGACUGCAGAGUCGUUGAUUUGAUCCUCAUUAAUUAGGGAGGACGACCUUGUAGUAUUAGCAAUUUUUUUCCUUGAAUAAAUGUCAUUCUUGGAUACACAGUGACUAUAUAUGCAUGUGCAUCACUCAUUUUGAUUCUAGGUGCAAUUUGGAGUGUCAUUAGUAUGCAAGCGAGUAUGAAAAAAAUGUAAAGGUUAGUCUAGUUAACUUCUCUUAAUUUGUUAAUUUGGUACAUCUUCAUGGUUGAAUAUGUGUCCUGUUGGGUUUGUUAUGGCCUUAGUAGGGGCUAAACAUCCGCUUUAUAGAAUACAUAGAAAUUCAACAACGAUUUCCGUUUGUAGGAGACUGGAGGUUUUUUAAGAUAAUUCUUAUCAUGUUUUUAUAACUAUUGUUCACUGAUUUUUAUGUAGUCUUCCGUUGAAAGAACGACU